AUGCUGGAAGAUGAGUCCGUUAUGGCUUUCUGUUAGGACACGGCCGCUUUCCGAGUCUUCACGUGUGAUCACGUGGGGUAAGUGUCCGCCAUGAAGAUCAAUACAUCCAAACAAGGAAAGGCCACGGCUGCCUUUGUGAUGUUCCCAGGCCAGGUUAUAACCACAGUUGACUUGCGAAUCGUGUAGCUCGAUUAUUUGGAGGGGAGACUGCUGAUAUCGUCACUUACUCGCUCCUUCUUAUGCGAUACCGAGAGGGAAAAGUUCUGGAAAAUUGGGAACAAAGAGCGAGACGGCGACUACAGAGCGUGUUUCUUCCCGGGCCGGAGUAGCGCAGGCCAGGCGCCGCUCAUCUACUGCGCCCGCCCUAUCUCGCGCAUGUGGGAGGUGAACUUGGAAGGCGAGGCUCUCAGCACGCAUCAGUUCAAGCAGCUGCUCGUGUCCCCUCCUCUUCCCAUGGUUUCGCUCAGGACUGACCUUCAGUAUUACAACGUGCCUGGAUCACCCCAGUCUCUGUCCUUUGCUAAACUCUUGUACUUGAGUGAGCACUGUGUGAUGACCUGGACCAGAAGGGGCAUUUACAUCUUCGUGCCUCAGAGCGUCCACGUUCUGUUGUGGAGCGAAGUCAAAGAUAUUCAAGACAUGGACGUCCACAGGAACAAGCUGUUCUGCCUGCACACAACUGGGAAAAUGUCACAUUUGUCAUUGCUGCCUGUGGAGCAGUGCACGAGCCGCCUGCUCAGGAGAGGCUUCUUGGGCUUGGCUGCCCGAGUCUGCUGGCCCUUCCAGAACUCCAUCCUUCCCAGCAGAGUACGGAAAACUUUACCCGUCGACAAGCUGGAGCACUUGAAACCCCAACUCGACGCCUCCACCCAAGGCUAUCUCAUUGCUCAACUGGACAAAACAAUUUCCACGCUGGAACCUCUAGGUUCUGCCUGCAGCAGCAGAAGGAGCUCCAUUUCAUCGCACGAAAGUUUCAGCAUCCUGGACUCUGGCAUCUAUCGGGUCAUUAGUUGAAGAGGCAGCCAGUCCAACGACGACUCUUGCUCCCUACACAGCCAAACCCUUUCGGAAGAUGAACAACUUAAAGAGUUCACCUCCCAUCAGGAAGAAGACCAAGCUGACCAGGAUCAUGUCUCUUCUCAUGCUUCAGCGCUGGCCGAGACCAAUCGGAACGAAACUUUCCUCCCAUUCAGUAUUCCAUUGUCAUUUUGUUCUCCAUCUCCUCUCGUCUCCCUCCAGGCUCUCAAGGAAAGGAGCCGGAGUUGGUGUUUGCACGGGUCCUUUGUAAAGAACCCUACUCUGAGAGUGUACAGCGAAAGUAGCCGUGAAGAUGAAGAGCCUUUUCUUCACUUAUCUAAAGUAGAAUUAUGUGCCAAAGUAAAAAGUCUAAAUAGAAAAUUGAAAGACACUGCAAGAGAAAACUGUCGCCUUCAGUAA